AGCACACACAGCAUUGGCCAAUCAAAUCUCUCCAGUCUGACGCGAGCCCAAGCAGCUGUUCUAUGAGGACAUUUACUGUAAACGAACAAUAGCGCUAGCACAGUAGAUUUACAAGACUUGAUGAAGAACUAGUAACUCUGCGUUUAGAAGCAUUUGCUGCCGAGUUACGUUGAGGAUUUUCAGAUAUGAAGGCGCCGGCUUUGCUGCAAGCAAACAUGAGCCAGGGCGAGCAGCAGCUGGCGAAAUGUGGGACAAACUUGUUCUCCAACUACUCUCCUCCAAAUCUGGAGAAUAAGCUUUUGGUUCAGAGCUCCAUGUCGCUCUCUCAGCCCUGCUCUCCACUUGUACAGUUUGCAGCGCAGUCUCCCUCCUGCUCCUCUGUCCAGACCUCCAGCCUGACCUCCACCUCAUCCUCCCUUCUCUCCAGCUCUUUGUUGUCUUCUUCCCUCAGCUCUCCCCUCCUCAGCACCCAGAACAAGCUUCUGAGUAGUGAUUCUACUUAUCUCUCAUUUCCCUUGACCUCCUCUGUCCCCAAAGACUUACUGAGCUCCACACACCUGACCAGCACCGCUCUGCAUAGUCACUUCAUUAAACCUCCUUCAUUCCCUCAUCAUGGUGCGGAUGGACAGAAGAUGGAUGAUGGAGGAUACAGAGAGUACAGAGAGGAAAUAAAGCCUGAAGUGAUGCAGUCCUGCUGGGAAGAAACACAUGUGGAUUCUGAGGAACAGGAUGUUAGACCUGAAGAGGAGGACAACGCUGACCCAGCUACAGAAUUACCUGUGGUGGAAACAGUGUUGGACGACCAAGACCUAGAAGAAAGGAUCAUUAUUAGACAAGAGUUUGCUGAGGUGGAGAAAGCAAAGGAAAAUGUUGAAGAGGAGCUUAAGGAUAAAAAGUAUCUCCUGCUGAAUGCAGUGUGCUGCUCCCUGGUCAAUAAGAACACGGCUCCAGGACAGAAGGACUGGGACUCGGACAAAAGUGUUUGGACCAGGAUUAAAGAACUGGGAAAGCACAUUUCAGUGUCUGACCCUCAGUUUCUUCUCAAGGUGGCAGUUUACACUCGACAGGAGCUGAACAUCCGUAUUACAGCUAACUUCCUAUUGGCUUUGGCUGCUCAUCAACCCACCACUAGGCCUCAUGUGCGCAGGUACUACUGUGCUGCCGUGCAGCUGCCGUCUGAUUGGCUGGAAGUAGUCAGAAUCUACAGCACAUGCUUCAGUAAUGUCCUGCCAACUUGCCUGAAGAAGGCGAUGGCUGACAAGUUCAAGCAGUUCACAGAGUAUCAGCUGGCCAAGUACAACACACGCAAACACCGCUGCAAACACAACCGCAACCGGCGCAAGAGCAAGAUGCCAAGUGAUCAGCAGCUCAACCAUUGGGCAAACUUGGUCAGAGCAGAUGUCCAAGUUCUGAAGAAGUUUAUGCACCUAGAAGAUAAGAAAGUAGUGGUUGAUAAAAAGCAACGUGAUUUCAGCAUGAAGAAGAUGAUCAAGCUACUCCACAUUAAAGAACCGGCUCAACAUGUCAUGGCUAUUCUAGGAAAGAAGUAUCCUGCCGAUGCGAAGACGUUCAUCCACAGUGGAAUGAAGGGAGAGUGGGACAGGGAGAGAGCUGGGCAGAGGAUGAAGCUUGAAGAGCCAGUCACAUGGGAACGGCUGCUCAGUCUGGAGGGCAACAAAGCUGCCACCUGGGAGAAGCUCAUAGACAACAACUCCCUUCCUUUCAUGGCCAUGCUGAGGAACCUGAGGAACAUGAUCACCACCGGCAUCAGUGAGGCUCAUCACCAGAAGAUCCUCAGCAGACUCACCAGUAAGAAAGCAGUUAUUCAGAGCCGACAGUUUCCCUUCAGGUUCCUCGCUGCCUUCAAGGUCAUGAUGCAGCUUCGAGAUUUAGCCUCUGAAUCCGUUCAGGCGGUUCCUCCUGCUAAAGAAAUCCUGAAGGGGAUCCUGAAGAAGAUUCCCAAGAGCAGGCGCUUUCGUGAGGAAUGGGAGAGCAGCCCCAGGAAGAGGAUUCGGGUGACGCUGGGGGUGCCGUACAUAUGUCGACUGUAUCAAAUGAAAAAGGCUCAGCUCCUGAAGGCCAAUCAGCGCCUGUACACUAUGGAGCUGCUGGACCGUUACUGCAAAGCUUUGGAGACGGCCGUUCAGAUCUCCUGUCGCUACAACAUCCCUCCUCUUCCCGGACGAACGGUUAUCCUGCUCAACGCUCAGAUGCCAAGCGCCAGCAAGCAAGAUUUCUGCCUUCCGCCAGACUCAGAGGAAGAUGACGAGGAGGACGAGGAAGUGAAAAAAAAGAAGCGUAGGAGGAUGAUGGAAGAGAGGGAGGACGAGCUUUCUGCCUCUAAUAUUGAAAUUGGCAUUUUGCUGUCUCUGAUGAUCGCCAGCAGUGCCGAGGACAGUCAGCUCUACAUAACCCAAUGGAUGGUCGCUGACGAAGUUAAGCUGAAGUCUGAUGUGCUGUUAGAAAAUGUCCGAAGUGUCAAGAAAGAAAUAAAGGCACUAAUUGAAGUGUCAGGCCGAGAUGAGAGCAGGAGCCUUCAUAGGAUAUUUGAAAAAGAAAACAAGGUUGACAACAUAAUUUUGCUGACUGACUACUUUGUCAAUACUGAGCUUGACUGGCUCAUUAACGCUGCAAAGGCAAAAAACAGCAAAGCGCUUCUUGUGAAACUCAACAUGUCAGGAAGUGAUGAAGAAUGUCCCACUGACAGGAACACUGUAAUGCUGACAGGCUUCAGUGAACAAAUACUGAGGUUCGUGGCAGAGCGAGGAUCUUCCAGGCUGCUGGACCACGUGGAGCAUUUGGACAAAGUGUACAAGAUCCCACCACCAGAGGGCGCUAAAGACCCUCAGACAAGAAGCUGCAUGGCCUCAAUACCAACCAGCCCAAAGUUAAGGUGGCGAGGUGUGCGCGUGUUCAUCAGCUCCACCUUCAGGGACAUGCACGCUGAGCGGGACAUGCUGGUGCGCAGCGUCUUCCCAGAGCUGCGGCGCCGUGCGGCUCCCCACUGCCUCCACCUGCAGGAGGUGGAGCUGCGUUGGGGAGUGACGGAGGAGGAGUCGUCUCGGGCCGCAGAGCUGUGUCUGUCGGAGGUGUGUCGCAGCCAGAUGAUGGUGGGAAUCCUGGGAGAGCGGUACGGCCUGGUGCCGGCCAGGCCUGCCCUGCCUCAGUACAGCUGGCUGGCGUCCGCUCCACCCGGUCUGUCGAUCACUGAGAUGGAGCUCCGUCAGUUUCAGGCUCUUUACCCCGACACAGCCCACAGACGAAUGUUCUGCUAUUUCAGAGAUCCAAGCAUCACCGAAUCUGUUCCAGUUUCGUGGAGAUCAGACUUUGCUCCUGAAUCAAUGGAGGCUGAGGCAAAGAUGGCGUCUUUGAAAAGUUGGAUUCGGGCCAGCGACGUCAAAGUCACUGAAGACUAUACAUGUGAGUGGGGGGGUGUUGUGGAAGCCAAGCCAUAUCUGAAGAACCUGGAGAACUUUGGCAGAGCUGUGCUGGAGGAUCUCUGGAAGGCUGUGAGGGAGCAGUUUGUAGAGGACGAGGACGAGUUAGUGUCAGACAUCACUGAGCAGGACGUCCACCAGGAGGCGCUGCAGAGACGCUUCUUGGGCAGGACGAAGCUGCUGUCUGGUGCUGUGGACAUGGUGGAGCAGGCCCAGAGCAAAGGAGGGGUGGUGGUGGUGGAGGGAGGACCCGGAGAGGGCAAAACCGUCUUCAUGGCAGCUCUUGCAGACGCUCUCAGGACUGGAGUCAAGUCCAAGACAAAGCUGGUCUGUGAUGUCAUCGCCUACUCUACAGCUGCCAGCCAAUCAGCUCGCUCUGUGGAGAACCUUCUUCGCUGCCUCAUUCAGUGGCUUAGGAAGAUGAAGGAUAGUGAGACGGAACCUCUUCCCCACUCUUACAAAGAUUUACUCUCAGAGUUUCACUCUACAUUGAGAGAUGUGAAGAAGACCAGGCCUCUGGUGCUGCUGGUUGAUGGAGUGGAUUUAGUUCAAGACGGUCGACGUCAAGUCAGUUCUGAGUGGAUCCCAGAGCAGCUUCCACAGGGCGUGUGUUUGGUCCUGAGCAUCCAAACUAAAUCGGCUCUGUUACAAAGCCUGGCAAAGAGGAAAAGCUCCGUUCUGUUCACCCUGGGACAACUCGCCGUGACCGACCGCAAGGAAAUCGUUCAGAAAGGACUGGACACCUUUGGGAAGAAACUCAGUGACUCUGCAUUCAACAACCAGCUCCAGACGCUGGUAAUGAAGAGUGGAGCCGUGAGUCCUCUCUACCUGCACUUGGCCUGUGAAGACCUGAGGAGCUUUGCUUCAUUUGACAGGCUGAAGGAGAGUCUCCAGGACUUGCCUCAGUCUGUCAGAGAGCUGGUGAAACACAGCCUGGACAGACUGUGCUUGGAGUACAGACACAUGUCAGGACUCCGCUGGGCCCUGGCAGCGCUCACAGUCAGCCCUACAGGCCUGAGGGAGAGAGACUUGUACUCUGUACUAAACACAUGCAAUGAGCUGUCCUCCCGGGAUGCACAGCUUUCAUGGCAGGAAGUGCUGAACCUGUCCAGGAAGCCUGGAGGACGCGUUCCCAUGGCAACCUUCACCCGUUUAGUGCAGCGCUUACAAAGUUUGGUUGGUCCAUCCCAUUGCCACAACACAGAUGACCUGCUGGUUUUAACUAACCCAGAGGUAAAACGGGCCUUUGAGGACUUUCUUCUCCCAGCGGAAAGCGACAGAACCAGAGCUCACCUCAUACUAGCAGCUCAUCUGUGGGCUGCGGCCGACCCUCAGGGAACAGAUACCUUCCUGCACUGUGAGGUCAACUCUGUGUUACAUCUGCCUUCCAGCCUGAUUCACAGCGACCAGCUGGAGGCGCUUCAUUCUCUGCUCUCCAGUUACUUUUUCUUGUACGCUAGCGUGCGUCAUGGCCUCCUGCACCAGCUCCUGGAGACCUACAGCUUGUUUGACAUGAAGUCUACACUCUCGGACGCUCAGGACCGUGUGAAGGACUGUCAGGGUUUCCUGCGGCGUCACGCCCAUCUGCUCGCCUCGUGGCCGGCUCUCUUCAUUCAGCAGGCGCUCAAUGAGCUUCCAGACACCUCUGCUCACAGCUGGGCACAGGGCCUGGUGGGAAAAGGAGGCGUCAGAGUCACUGAGUGGCUGAACAAUGGCACUCAGUCUCUUCAGGAGGCCAGUGAACUCGUGUCAACGUUCUGCUCUGAACCAAACUGUUUGCAAAUGAGCUUGGAUAAAAAGCUGAUGGUGGUUGGUACUGGACAAGGAACGCUGCAUUUCAUCAACACACAGACAAGACAGGAAGUGAAAUCGCUGGAGAGCAGCUGUGACGGCAUCUCAAGCUGUGUCUUUCUCAUGGACGGACAUCUUGCUACCACCUCCUUUGAUGGACGGAUAGAGAUCUGGGACGUUGGGACCAGCGUCAGGACUGCCCUCAUCGAAGGCCACACUAACAUAAUAACUGGAAGUGAUGUCACCGCAGACCACAAGCACUUUGCAACAGUUUCCCUUGAUUUCAAGCUGAAAGUUUGGUCCUCGGCCAAACCUGGAAAUGAGGUAGCUGCGCUGUCCUGCUCCAGCCCAUUGAACUGUGUAACCUUUGACCCUGAGGGUCACCUGCUGGCUGCUGGCUGCUGGGAUGGAAACGUGACAGUGUGGAACUGGCUCCAGAAUAAAACUCUACCACCCCUGUCUGGUCACCAGCGCCCGGUGCGCAGCCUCUGCUUCUCCUCCUCCUCCAUGCUUUGCUCUGGCUCGGUGUCUGGGGAGGUCAGGGUGUGGUCAGUGCCCACCGCCACCUGUGUGGGAUGUUUCCAGGCUCAUUGCGGAACGAUACAGUCCCUCAGCUUCCUGGAUGGAGGAGCCAUGCUCCUCAGUGCUGGAUCUGAUCACAUGCUUCAGCUGUGGUCAGGAGGCCUCGGACGUUCCGUUAUUACACUAAAAAGUGUAAAUCUUGAGCAGGAGCCUCCACAGAAGAAACAGAGGUGUGUAAUCCCUGAGCCCGCUGCACUUAGUGUGGCUGCAAAUGGAGACUAUGCAGUUGUGGGAUAUCAUGGAAACGGCAUCAGAGUCUUCAGUCUCGAGUUAGGUGAGAAGAUGUGGCAGUCUGGUGACCUUCAUGUGUCCGUACUGUGUCUGCUGUGGGUCCUGGAUGCAGAACAGACUAGACCUGACCUGCUGGUCUGUGGAGGAAGCGACAAACAUCUGAGUGUCUGGAGUAAAAAAGAAGGAGACGAGGGACUGUUGGGGGGCUUAAAAAUGCUGGGGACGUUUGGUGUCCAACGAGGGUCCAUCCUGGCACUGGCUCAAAACUCCACCUACCUGGCUACAGCUUCAGACGACUUCACUAUUGUUCUGUGGCUGUUGAGUGAUCUGCACUUUGACGCCUCAGUGGAGCCACAAGAGACGUUGAGGGGCCACAGUGGAGGAGUCACGUGUCUGGCUUUCAGUCCUGAUGGGGAUCAGCUACUGUCUGGUGGAAAAGAUCAGGCUCUGCUUGUGUGGGAUGUGAGUUCAUCUCCUCCUGUUCUUUCUAAAUCGCUCCCUCACUGUCACAAAGACUGGAUCACUGGCUGUGUUUGGACUCCAGACUGUGUCAUUAGCUCCUCAAACGACGGGAGACUUUGUCUGUGGGACCUGCAGGCAGGACAGCGUCUUAAAGAAAUCUCCUGGAGGAACGCUCUCACAUCAGUCUGCUGCCUGGGCCAGUAUGUGAUGGCUGGCUGUUCAGAGGGAGCUCUACAUGUGUGGAGGUGGGACACAGCCAUAGAGAUCUGCCACAUCGGUGCCCAUAAGCAGCGUGUGCACCACUGCCACCUCCUUCCAAGCACAGUCAGGGACAAAGAAGACAAUCUAGGAGAAAUGGCUGUGUUCACUGCUUCUGAAGACGGAACGGUGCAGCUUUGGAAACCGCUUCAGGUGGAGCAUUUUAAUACCUUCCGGGGUCACAGCGGUACAGUUAAUGAAAUUGUUUGCAAGGAAGCAGUCCCAGAAUUCCUCACUGUUUCUGAAGACGGCUCAUUGAGAAACUGGACAUGGACAACAAAGAAUGAUCUGGGCCAGAGAGGCGCCGUCUCUGCUCUCAGCUUCUCGCAGAAAGAUGGGUUGCUUCUUGUCGGUUAUGAAUCUGGUUUCCUGGAAUUGUGGUGGAACAACAGAGUGGUUGGCCACAAGCAGGCUUCAGGCAGCGGCAUCACAACCGUCUGCUUCAUGCCUGACGACCAGUUUGCUGUCGGCUACACAAAGACCUGCCUCGAUGUUUGGAAGCUGGUUUGGAGACAACAACACAGCAACGCAAACCUGGUGAAGGUAACCACGUACAAGGUAAAACGGCCUGUGACCCACCUCAUCUACUGCUCUGUCCUGAUUGGAACCUACGACAAUGGAAAAAUCUUUGACGUCUCAGACCUUGAACUUGAAGAUGAUUGGGAACACAGUGUCACUGAUUGGGAAUAUAGGACUCAAAUUUUGAACAUGAUUCGUAAGGACAACAUCAGCACGUGGGUGAUGGCUCAUGGAGAAGGAGAAAUUCACCUUGGCUUCAUUUUUGCUUUGGGCAAACAAAUAGGAAUACGUCCAUCUUUUAGCGCAAUAACCCUGAAGGGCACAGAGGAGCUAAAAGGCAGCUUGAUAACAGCUGCAACUCUGGACAGAGAGUUUGUGGUGUGUGGAGAUGUAAGGGGCAACAUGUGGUUCAACCAGCCAUCAGAGCUUUCAUCAAUGAGCGUAAAAAAAACUGCCCACAGUGACAAGAUCAGUGUGCUGAAACUCACUGACAGCACCAUCAUCUCAGCCUCCUACGACAGGACGGUGAAGCUGUGGGACAGAAACACUAAGAAGCAGGUGGGCAUGUUCUUAUGUCGGGGUCCUGUCCUGGUUUUGGAGGUGAACCCAGAAAAACCCACUGAGCUGGUUUGUGGUGAUGACCAGGGUAAUCUCUAUUUUCUCUCAUCGAGAGAAUGAUCCUCCAAGGAAAAACCUCAAGAAAACCCCCUGAAUGCUACACUAUCCAAAGAUAAUCAUCAACGUUCUUCUUCUUAUUUCUUUUGGUGGCAGAUGUGUAUGUUUGAAAGUAACAGUUGAAAUUUUAUCAGUUUUAGUUUUGUAGAGUUGAAUUAAUCUUCUAUUAAAAGAUUCUGAACAUUUAUAUGAAGUAUAUAAAUGUAUAUGAAGCUGUAUUUAUAAAGAAUGCAGAGAUUAAAGAUGCUUAAAAUGUA